GAAAUCAUGUGUUCGAUUAUAGCUAUCUUCCUUGGUUUGUUUUCAGUCGGUUGUUGAUCUUGUUUGCAAGAAUGAGCCUAUUUUACAGCUCUUUAUUCUUGUUAAGUUCAAUACUUUGCUAUGUUUUCUCGGCAAAUGGUGCUAGUUUUAGAUGUGGACAAAGAAAGAUUAAGCUGCAACAGUUAGUGACCCAUGGUUAUUCUACUUUCCCGGGUGAGUUCCCGUGGCACGCGGCUGUUUUUAUGGUAGCCGGUUUCGACAGAUCCUACAUUUGUGGUGGUUCAUUAAUCAACGAAUUUAGCAUCUUGACGGCCGCACACUGUGUAACUGAUCCAGCCACUGGGCUAGUAGCUUCUCCGGCUACUCUAUUUGUGCAGUUGGGAAAAUUCAAAUUGAAUUUGUAUUCGGAUACGGUGCAGGAACAUGCAGUUCAACAGGUGAUUGUUCACAGCGAUUUUCAGAUGGCAACGAGUAAAUACGACAUUGCGGUGCUAAAAUUAGCCACUGGGGCAAAGUUCACUGAUUAUGUACAACCGAUCUGUGUAUUUCCACAACCUAUGGUAAACUACAAUGAUGGAUCUGGACAGGGGGUGUCCGUCGGAUGGGGUUACACAGAAUUCGACGCACUGUCUGAUGCGUUGAGAGGAACAACAAUGCCCUUGGUUAGUUACACGAACUGUUUGGAGAGUAAUCCGGAUCUAUUCGAUCGAACCAUAUACGAUGGGAUGUUUUGUGCUGGCUUUAGAAAUGGAACGAACGUAUGCAACGGCGACAGCGGAGGAGGAAUGUUCUACAACCGAAAUAAUGUUUGGUAUUUAAUCGGAGUUGUGUCCUUUACUGCAGCCAGAGAACUUGCUAGCAACCUUUGCAGUACCGCAGACUAUACGGGUUUUACGAAAAUAUCCGCCUUCGAGGACUUCAUUGUAGAACACUGUGGUCCAGAUGUUUUAUCCACGACUACUGCUACUACGACAACAAAGAAACCUUCUAGCGCGGCUGGAAAGAAGAAACACUAUACUGCUUCAAAUUUUCCUACGGAAUCCAAGGUUAACUGGUUUCAGGCUGGUGACUAUUGUAGAUCCAUGGGGCAACAUCUGGCGGAGAUCAAGUCAGAGCAGGAUAAUGCAAAAAUCAAGCAAAUAGCGGCCAACGCAGGAAUGGAAAUCGACACCGGCGGAGUCUCCCGGUUGAAACACUUUUGGAUUGGAGCGAACGAUUUAGGAGUGAACGGUGUCUACAGAUGGCAAUUCAGUGGGAAACCUCUUACUUUCACUCAUUGGCGUUCCAAUGAACCGGACAGUAAAAAUAACAAUGAACACUGUGUUGUUGUUUUAGGUAACAAAAAUGCGUUUUGGGCGGUUGUAAACUGUAAGAGUAAAAAGCAAGUUAUAUGCGAGGUCUGGAAGUAAAAUAAAAGCAAACCGGUG